AAAGCUGCGAUCUGUUUACGUUAUGUGUCAUCAACACACUGCGACACCACAGCAUCCUUUAUGUGUGAUGAUAAAAAACAUGAAUCCAGUCAGUGCUCGGUGUCUGUGCUGAACAUGUCCUCCUCCAUCUUCCCUGUGUGAUCGUCAUCAUGGCGUCUUCAAGUUACACUCACGUCGCGGACAGCGCCACAGAGAAGGACAGGCUCCUCUCCUCCGUGGCCGGCUAUGGGUCCCAGGACCAUCUUGUGGGAGGAAACCCUCGUCCCACUACUCUGGUGGGCUCUGAGCCCCCUCAGAAGCAGGAGGAAGAGGAGGAGGAGGAGGAGGAGGAGGCCCUGAGGAGGAAGCUCAAGUACUUCUUCAUGAGCCCUUGUGACAAGUAUCACGCCAAGGGACGCAAGCCUUUCAAACUGGGUCUGCAGCUGCUCAAAAUCAUCAUCGUGACCGUGCAGCUGGUGCUGUUCGGACUGAGCAACCAGAUGGUGGUGACGUUUAAAGAGGACAACACAGCUGCAUUCAAGCACCUUUUCCUGAAGGGAUACAAGGACGGCGCUCCUCAGGCCGUCCACACGCAGGAGGAGCUGUACAGCCGCAUCCACUUCGCCAUAGAGCAGUACAUGGCUCUACCUCAGAUCUCACUGGGGCGGUAUGCAUACGCAUUGGGCGUCGGUUAUAACGGAAGUGCACUCUCACUCUGCCAGAGAUACUACAGGAGGGGCACCAUUGAUCCCGUCAAUGACACCUUUGACAUCGAUCCCACUGUCGUCACCGAGUGCAUUGGACUGAACCCACUGACCGACGGUUCAGCUCCAGGAAACAGUGACUACAAGAAUUUCACUCUCAAGUUCUACAAGCUGAUCAAUGUAACCAUUGACUUCCAGCUGAAGGCCAUCAACAUUCAGACCAUCAUAAACAAUGAGAUCCCCGACUGCUACACCUUCGCCAUCACGAUCAUCAUGGAUAACAAGGCACACAGCGGCAAAGUCAAGAUCAGUCUGCAGAACCAGGCCUCAAUAAAGGAGUGUAAAGACCCCAAUGUUUCGGGACACGCGGAGAGCUAUGCUCGGGAGUUCUUAGAUGUGCUGGUGGCGUUCGUUUGCCUGCUGUCCCUGCUGCUGUGUGGCCGCUCCAUCCUCAGAGGCAUCCUCCUGCAACACGAGUAUGUGCAGCUUUUCAAACACAGACUUGGCCGCAGCGUGAGCUGGGGAGACAGGAUGGAGUUCAUCAACGGCUGGUACAUCCUGCUCAUCAUCAGCGACAUGUUCACCAUCAUCGGCAGCUUCAUCAAAAUUGGGAUCGAGUCCAAGACUUUGUCAUCGUAUGACAUGUGUGGGAUCCUGCUGGGAACCUCCACUCUGCUGGUGUGGGUAGGAGUCAUCCGUUACCUCAGCUUCUUCCAGAAAUACAACAUCUUGAUUGUGACUCUCAGAGCUGCUUUUCCAAAUGUUAUCCGCUUCUGCUGCUGUGCAGCUGCCAUUUAUAUGGGAUACUGCUUCUGUGGAUGGAUCGUGCUGGGGCCCUAUCAUACCAAGUUUCGCUCCCUGGCCAUGGUGUCAGAGUGCCUGUUUUCUCUCAUCAACGGAGACGACAUGUUUGUGACGUUCGCUGAGAUGGAGCAGAGCGGCACGCUGGUGUGGAUCUUCAGCCAGGUCUACCUGUACACCUUCAUCUCCCUCUUCAUCUACAUGGUGCUGUCCCUCUUCAUCGCACUCAUCACCGGAGCCUACGACACCAUCAUGGCCCAAACACAGGAGCAGGUACGAGUCAGCGACCUGCACACGUUCAUUGCAGAGUGCACGGACACACCCAGCUCUGGCAAGUUCCGCGGGCCUGAGGGGUCAUCGUGCUCCUUCCUGUGCUGCUUUGACUGUUGAGGAGGAGGAGGAGGAGGAGGAGAAAGCACAGAGGGAGUACAGAGGGAGUAAGCAGUGUACGGGUGUGUGUGUUUUUUCCCUCUCUUUAAAGCACUGUAUUUCCACUCUGGUGACAGCUGUCUGAAAUUGUGCUCCUUCCUCCAAACUCCCCGCGGGGACGAUAAACGCCUCGCGAGUGCACAGGCUGACCUUGGGCCGCGCUGUCCACGUUUGAAUUUUGCAUUUAGAUUUGUACUGGAACGAUUGAACACUCUGCACAGUCACAAGCCCAAUUACCUGCUUCAGCUUUUGUACUGUAUGAAUAAUUUAUCGUCUCUCUGAAAUGUCAGUUUGUUACAGGCUCUGACAACUGGACGCAUAUUGCCAGUAAACAUAUUCAUUGCUGUAGACUGGACACAGGGUCCGCUAAGUAAAAUGGAUGCACAUUUUCACUUGAAUGAUCCACUGAACACACACAGGGUUUUAUUAUCAUUUUAGUAUCCACGUGGCUGCCUUGGUGACGGGAUGUUUGGCCUCUUGAUUAUGUAAAUAUGUGUAUAUCCUCUGAUAUUUUAUAGCACAGGAACAAUAGGCACAAGAGACGGCUAAGCAGGCUGAAAAAAAGGGAUCAUUAACCGCCGCGUGUACGCUUUAGCUUCUGCAACGUUUUCAGUCGAGGCUCUGCUCCUCAUUUCAUUCUUUGCUUUGUUCAUGUCCUCCUGCACGAGGAAGGACGAGCCCUGCAGCCAACCAGUUAGUCAUCAAUAUGUAUGAACUGCUUGAGCCAGGUGACUAAUGCACCGAGAGACUCAGCCUCUUUACGGUUUGGUUUAAAGUGCUCCAUGCAAGGCUGUAUAAUUAUAUUCCUGUAGAAAAUCAGGACUCAAACAGCAGAGUGUGGUGAGGAAGGAAACAGUGGAGGGCAAAAAAGGCUUUAAGCCUCUAAACCUUUAUGUUAUGUGGAUUAUUAGUCGUAGUCUGAGUCGUUACAUAAAACCUAAAAACACCUUCUGAUACUCUGUUUGGACGAUCUAGGCAGGGAAAACACAUCUACAAAAAAAAAGUUCUUGAUUCUUCUCCAGUUGUCCGUUUUCAAAUUGCAGCCCAACCACUCUUUUUCUUUUGCUCAGUAGCAGCAGGAUAGUUUUUAUAUCAGUUGCUGGUUUGCCACAGUUUGUUUUAGUAGUGUUUUUCAUACUCACUUAAGUUUUUUGAAUGAAUUCUUUUUGCCUCUGCCAUUGUUAGGUCUCAAGUUUCACACCAGCAGUGGUGUUUUAGUUCAGUCCGGAUGUUUAUGAGCACCACGAGACAGCAUGUGCUCGUACUUGAGAUAAUAAGGCUUAACCCAGGUGUUCUCACGCCGGGACUCCAUUGUCGCAGACUAACUAAGCCAAAUUUAAGCCACAUUCAUGAAAGCCACUUAAAUGUUCUAGUUGAACUAAUCCACAUUAAGGCCUAACCAGCCCUGAGACUUUUUAUGCACUCAAUGGAUUAAUUUCUCUCAAAUUUUGGUCACAAAAUUGUUAAAAUCCAUGUUAGUGAGCACUUCUCUUUUUUUCCAAGAUAACCCAUCCACCUGACAGGUGUGGCAUAUCAACAUACUGAUUAAACAGCAUCGUUACUACACAGGUGUGCCUCAGGAUGGUCACAGGAAAUGCUCACUAACAAGGAUUAAACUAAUUUGUGACAAAUGCUGUGUCUCAAAUCGUGUACAUCCGUCAGUACACUUCUAUGCAGUAUACUGUUUGCACUAUGUACUUACUGGCGUAGUGCGAAAAUUUCGACAGGGUAGUGUUGUCUCAAACCAAACACGGCCGUUGUGCGCUCAGCGGAAAUGAUGACCGCAGCUGUUAGCUAGUUAGCAAACUAGCAUUAGCAUUUGCGUUAUCGUUCACGGUACCAAAUCAUUACAGACUGUUAAAUGAACCCAACAAACAUUCUGCUGGCUUAUACCCGACAACAGUAUAGUGGUGCUUAGUGCAAAAAACACAUGUAUUUGUACAAUGCAGCGACAUUCACAGUCGCACAGUUUUUGGACGCCAUUUCCAGUUUGAAAAGUGGUCCCUCCCCUUCUGCUACGUAGCCAAGAUGGCGACCAUUGAGGGCGAGAAGUGUCCAUAGUUCCACACUCAACUUCUUGACCGUUUUGAGUGCACCAUCCGGGUACUCACAGUGCACUGCAUUUUUACAUACUUCUCAGUGUGAACGCACUUAUGCACUCAAAAUAUUAAGUGUAAGUACAGAAGUACACGAUUUGAGACACAGUGCAAAUUCUGAGAGAUGUAAGUGUUUUGUGUGCAUAUAAAGUCCUAGAUCUUUUACUUAAACCUGUGAAAAAUGGGAGCGAAAACAAAAAAAGUUGCGUUUAAAUUUUUGUUCAGUGUAUUUUAAAAAUUCUUUAAUUAAAAAACAUGUAAAUGUGUGGUCUAAUUAUUGGUGGAAGAAGUAUUCAGAUCGUUUACUGAUGUAAAAGUACGAAUACCACCGUUUAAAAAUACUGUUACAAUUGUUUAAGAUCUGACUAAAUCAAAGUAAAUACGUAUAAGCAUUUAAAUACAUUUAAAGUACCAAAAGUACUGCAAAAUGGCUCAUUUCAGAAAUAUACAUGUAUUUUUUAUGACUGGAAAAUAAUUAUUGAUGCAUUCAUGUUACAGCAGCUUUAUAUUCUGCUGUGUCGCUUAAUCUUAAAUAAUUUUAUUUAUUUAAUUCAUACCUGAAUUAUAUGUUGUGUUAAUCUUAAUCUGCAAAGUAACUAAAUGUAGUGGAGUAAAAAGUACAAUAUUUGCCUCCACAAUGUAGUUGAGUAGAGUUAUAAAGUUGUACAAUAUAGAAAUACUAAGAUAAAUAAAGUACCUUAAAAUUGUACUUUAAUACAGUAAUUAAGUCAGUGUACUUAGUUACUUUCCAUCCCUGGAUGUAAUUGUAUUUUUAUUCCUUCAUUCAUUUUCCAUACCUGCUUAUUCUGCUGGGGGUUGUGGGGAGCUGGAGCCCAUCCCAGCUGACAUUGGGAGAGAGGCGGGGUACACCCUGGACAGUUUAGUGUCACCAGUUAACCUGUAUGUCUUUGGACUGUGGGGGAAGAUGGAGCACCUGGAGAAAACUAAUGCUGUCAUGGGGAGGUGCACUCUUUUUUUUUUUUUUUUUUUUUAAGAUUUUUUUGGGGCAUUUUUAGCCUUUAUUUGAUAGGACAGACAAGCGUGAAGGGGGGAGAGAGAGAGGGAGCGACAUGCAGCAAAGGGCCACAGGCUGGAGUCGAACCCGGGCCGCUGCGGCAACAGCCUUGUACAUGGGGUGCCCGCUCUACCACUAAGCCACCGACGCCCCGGGGAGGUGCACUCUUGAACAAUGAAAACAAUGCUAACCACUGUACCGUUUCUUCCUCUCUGUCAUAACUUCUCAUUGCAAGUUUCCAGCAGCACAGACGCACGAGUUUGUUUGAUGUGACUGUUUUGCGACUCUCAGAAAAAAACAUGCCGACAUCAACAAGAUAUUUGUGAGUUCGGAGGCAUUCUGAUGGAUCGGAAAAUUUGGAACCAGUUCUCAACUGGAACUGGUUUUCCAUUCCCAUCCCUGCUGAUUAAGCAUGAGAUAUAUGCUUCAUUUGCACAGCAUCUUUGUAAUUAAAUCCACACCUGUGGUAUGGAAACCGGUUUAGAUUCACACUGUUUGUGUUCCGGUCUCCUGCAGGCCUCCUAAAGAGCACGUUUCUUAGGUAAACUCAGCUGUAGACCUCUUGGACCGUCUUGUUUUGGUAGGAUGUCAUAGAUACUUUAGAACUUAAUAAUUUUUAUGGUAAUACUUCAGAAAGUCAGAUGCCUGUUUUACGUCAGUAGUUACUGCUUUGGCUGUGUAGGGUCGUUUAUAGGCCGCUGUCUGUAUUUUAUACAACAUGUCAGACUCUGACAUUGAAGCCACGUGUGAAGGAUUAAUGACUUUUUUUUUUUUUUUUUUUAUCUGUGAACAAGCGAGGUCAUCUCUACAAACCAGCAGCUCUUCAUUCAGCCUUUUCUGAAAUAUUCAGAAUAUGUCAUUAUAGAAACUUACUGAAGCAGUAAUGUCAUUCCAGUGGGCUGCGUGGAGGCUCAUGAAGGGCACUGUUCAGAGGACGAGGGACGUUCACUGCACAAAAUGUGUGUCAGGACUAAAGGGUACUUUUUUAUUAUUUUGCUGCCAUGCUAACUUGAAUGAGUUAAUAUUGUUUACAGUCGUGUUUUCUAUUAAUGAAUGUUUAUUGACACUUAUUUGCACGUUUUGAAGACUGAUGUACAGCUUCACUUGAUUUUAACGUGUCACAUAGGCACUAUAUAUGUACUGUAAUACAUCUGUUGGCAUUCCCCUGAUACUUAUGAUUCAAUGAUGACUGAUUUUCUUUACAUUUGUUGUCUUAUAUUUUGUUUGCUGUCUGCACUACCACUUUUUGAGAGGAAACAAGUUAAAUGGAGUCUCAGUUUCUGUAUAGGAGGAAUUUGUACAGGUUUUUACCCUCAAGUACUGAAUCUUUUCUGUGAGGAUGCUACCCUCUGAAUGGAAGUACAUGUCGGUCAAAUAAACUGGAAAAAUAUGCUGAGAUUAAUA